AACCCACGUAUCUGUGAGAUUUAAAAAAAAAGAAAUGUCCGUGACGUCAUAUGCGGUUAUUCAACCAAUGAUUCUAAAUUUUAAUUGGAUUUCUUGACAGUUCUUGAACGUAAGUUGUGAUGAAAUAGCCCAACUCUUAGUCUUAUACAAUUGCUGUUUGUUUUCAAUAAAAUGUAUAUUUCCAUAUCUCCUGUAAGGCAUAAUAAGAUAUCGUGUUUAAUGUUCUCUAACAGUUGUUAAGAUUACAUCCGAACUCGGUGAUAGAGGAAACGCGAGCAAAUGUGUCGUCUUAAAUUAAUUAAUCAUCAACAUUUUAAAACGCACAACCAAUACAGUACUCGAUAAUUCAAGAACACAACCCCACCACCACCCCCCACCCCCCAAAUCUCCAAAGCAUUAUUGCAUAAAUUAUAGUUAAAUCUUGACCUAAAACAAAGUAACAUUUUGGGAUUUGGUAACAGUAAUGUGAAUGGUCAAUCGAAAAGAAAGAAGAUAUCGCUUGUGGAACACAAAGGCGGCAGGAGGCAACCCCGGACCGCCAUUUUCUUUCCCGGGGCACGAAACGCAAGCGAAUGAACAAUUCUUUGUCACUCACAGACAGGUGCACUGCAUUCGACUCAUCAACAUGGUGUACCCGCCCCUCUUCUUUUCACAGUUGUUGUAUUAAUGCCUGAACCAUGAAUUUCUAGUCCACGAUACAAUCAAUUUUAUAAAGGAAAAUGGUGCACACUAGGCAGUACAAAUUACUUGAGAGAUGUCAAAAAAAAAAAAAAAAAAGAAAAAAAAUUUGUUGUAUUAAUGCCUGAACCAUGAAUUUCUAGUCCACAAAAAAAUCAAUUUUAUAAAGAAAAAUGGUGCACACUAGGCAGUAAAAAUUACUUGAGAGAUGUCAAAAAAAAAAAAAAAAAAAGCUAAAAAAUCUCUAGAUAAUUUGGCACUUCUAAAUGAACAGUGCUACCAGACGUCGGGGAAAAGGACUAAAUGUCUCAUUGUAAAAGCGAACGAAAUCUGAAAAUAAUAAAAAAUCGUCAAAUCAAAAUUACUUCUUUUUAGUAGCAACACUGUGAUUUUUAAAAUUAAUUACACCUGAGAUUAGAAUCGUAAAUUUAUUACAUCUGCUUUUGUAAAUCUUCUUUUUGCUACGCUUUUUCGUGUCUCAUACGACAUACGGUAUAAUGUAUCGCUUACUAAGUCUCAGCUUUAAAGUGUAUUAUAUGUCAGGUCAGAGGUACUAAUGUCGUGAAUGAGACCCCUUCCAUGGCCAGAUUCUUUGUUGACUAAAUUGUUUCUUGUGCGUUUUCGCGUUAGCGAGCUGUACAAUCUCAUACCGCGGCUUGAUUCAAGUAAUACUGUUUUAGGCGCGCCGCUGGAGUGUCACGUCAACGAGCGUUGAUUCGGGGUGGUCCUCAAGCUAGCUGUGGUCGGUAACAUGUGGCUUCCGACACUUUGAAGGAAUAGGCUCUUUUUGGAUUUUCUAAGCUUGCCGAAUGGCUCCCGAAAUAUUUUCUCAGCAGAAAUUGAACAACCCCUAAAAAAGUUUUUUUUAAUUUUUUUUUUUUAUAAAUCUAUUAUAAAAUAUAAUAUCCAGCAAUGGGGGUGGGGCUGAAAAUACAAGUAAUGCACGUUAUAAGAAUCCCAGUUAGUGCUCCCCUUCCCCCAAGGCUAGCAACCGCAAUUUUUUUUUCACGCCCCUGAACUAUAUUAAUACUCUCAUGACCCACCUUCUUUUACUACCCCGAUUUAUUUCAUCAACUAGUUCAGAAAAAUACAAUAAAAUACUAUGCACCAAACGCCCUUGCGCUAUUUAAAAAAAAAAAAAAAAAAAAUAUUAAGCACCAAACGCACUUGCGAUAUUUAAAAAAAAAAAAAAAAAGAAUCUCACUUAGUGCAGAUAUCGGAAAAGUUUAUUUCAUGAAAUCAGUGCCAUCAUCUUUCCCCAUGAAAAACAUGGAAAAAAAACAACUGAAUUUCGGGGGUUGGGGUUGGAGGGGAAGGGGUAAACAUUUGAUAGAAUGUAUUGUCAUUGGCAACGAGUCUGCGUGCCAAGUUUCAACCCUGAUAGCUUCACGGGGAAGCUGGUCAGUUAGCCGUCCGAAGAUUUUGCCAGGCAGCCUGCCACCCAGGAAUAAAAGCGAAGUUAAUAGAAAUAAUUUUAAAAUGUAACACUAAGCGGCUUCGAGGGACGUUCAAGUAAACAUAUCUUUUGAUGCAAACAUCUUAAAUAAUAAGUCUUUAAUCAGAGCGCUGCACUUUCAAAUGUCUAUUAGAGCAGCGGUUCUUAACAUGUGGGUCGCGACUCCUAUGGGGGGGGGGGGGGGGGCGAACGACCCUCACAAAGGGUCGCCUAAGACCGUGGGGAAACAAAUAUUUAUGAAGUAUCAAUGAAUAUGAUUGUAUGGUGAGGGGGUCACCACAACAUGAGGAACUGUAUUAAAGAGUCGCGGCACUAGGAAAAUUGAGAACCACUGUAUUAGCGGACGAUUUCACGCAAUUUUAAAUAAAGCUUUAUUAUAAGUUCACCUAUUUUCAACCUAUUUUUAAAAUAAAGUUUGAUCACUAUUAAACCUUACCUACUCGCCAGUGUAAAAUACUAAAGAUUAAGUUCUUCUGGCGCCUGGAGCAGCAAUAGUAAAAUUUAAAAGGAGGAAUCUUUGCAAUUUCCUUCUGAUUUUAAUGGAAUAAAUUUUGAAAUAUUUACUCGAAAAUUUAUUUCAAUCAUUUUUAUAGUACCCCUCUCUUACGGAUAACUAAACGGGGCCCCUUUUAGUAUUGAGAACCUAUAUGAUUUUAUUUGAUAAAGGCGAUAACCUUUGGCAUUGAGGAAUACCUUUAUUUAUUUUUUUUUUGGAAACAAUAAAAUGAGAGCGUAUAAAAGUUAUACAAUUUCUUCAAAUCAUAGUUUUUGGCUGCGCCCAGCUUGAUGAUAAACGGAAACUGGAAGGGCCACAGAUUCAAUGUUGAAAGAGUUAGUGUUAGUUUAAGUGGGACUUACAGGGGCAGGUGUCUUGUUGGCUUAGUCGAUUCCCCAUCCUUCUCUCGAUUACUCUUCUUCAUCUCUCUCUCUCUCUCUCUCUCUCUCUCUACAUACACACACACACAUAUAUAUAUAUAUAUAUAUUUAAAUCAAGGAGACGCCAAUUGACCCACUUUCCGUGAUCCUAUCAAGCUGAAACUUGGCACACAGACUUGUUACCGAUCAGAGCACAUUCGAUCAAAUUUUCAACCCCUCUCCCUCAAUAUAAGUUUUGUUGAUAAAAUCAGGUGUGAUAGAGACUUGAAGCUUGAACAUCAGAGACUUAUACGAUUAAUCCGAGACUCUGCUAAGGACGAGAUACAAAAGUAACCUUUAUAAGAACUCGUCAAACAGAUAAUGUAUAGAAAAUAUAAAAUCAAUAAAAAAUCUCUCUAUCUACAUGUGUAAGAAGUUAAAUAUUUUUUUAAACAUCAGAUGUGGGGAAAACAGGUCCAUAGAAUACCACCCCCCCCCACACACACACACACAAACAACAAAUAAAAAAAAAAAAUCAGAGCCUCUGGUUUAUGUCAAAGACUGGCGUCAUGAUUUCUGGAUCUUACUUUCCCUUCAUUCUUCACGCUGAUUCCAGGAUGUCUGUCUGGUGUUGCUGGAGGUGCCUGCCAUCUACAAAGGACCUAGAGCAGGAGAACCAGUUCUCGAGGAUCAAGAUAUCAGACUUGACGGAGGUGCUGUGUGACAAGUAAGAUCUAUUUUAUUGUCAUCGCUGGAACACAAUGAAGUUCCUGGUCUGCCACGCAAUAUUCCAAAGUGGAGGCCUUCUUCGUCUGCAACAGUGGUUCUCAACCUUCUUAAAGCCGCGACCCUUUAAUACAGUUCCUCACAUUGUGUUGACCAUAACAUGAUUUUCGUUGCUACUUCAUAAAUGUGUGUUUUUCAACGAUCUUAGGCGACCCUUGUGUAAAGGUGGUUCGACCCUCAAGGGGACCGCGACCCACAGGUUGAGAACCGCUGGUCAACAACUAUAUCCGGUGACGUGGGAAGGUGGGUGGAGGGGCGGUACACCCCCAACCGGCCCCAUCUCUAGCCGGCACCACUGGCUGUAUCUAGGAAGCGAUGAGCAAAACGAUAAACUGACUGCCUACGAUAAAAUUUUCCACAAAUCUUUAAUACCAUUUACCAAAUUUCAAAGUUUGGACCAGGCGCGGUAACCUAUCAAGUGCAUAAUAGAUCUCUGAUGGAAUGUCGAUGUCAAGUCUCCCCACGCUCUCUAAUAAUACGUUUGCAUUAUUAGUUUAAGCUUAAUUUGAAAAGUAUUUCUUUUUCAAUGCCGUAUUAAUCUAAAUGCAAAUGAGACAGCAGCAGCUGCCAGCGGUAAUUCAUCAAACAUUCGAAAAAAAAAAACCACAAGAAAGCGAAGUUGUUUUAAAUGUUAUUUAUGAGACCUAUGAAAAUUAUGUUAAGGUUCAGUGCAUGUGAUAUUGAUAAUAAAAAAAAUAUAUAUGGGCACACGUUAUUACAAUCAGUAAUAUUUGUAUAAAAUAUACCCCACAAUUUAGACUGCCCAUGCCGCCCAUGGGCUUUAGCGGGGCUUUAUCAGACCCUGUCAUUACUGAACCCAAACAAAAUUGAUUCUCAAACGAAUCUAUUCACUUCAAUCUUAUUUCACCAGCUCUCUUUAUUCUAGUUAAUUGCCCACCGAAGUCCAAUGAUUACUACACUUUUUUCCUCCUUAACAUUACAUUCACAGUGCAUUUAACUAUAACAUUGUUUCUUUAACAUGACAUCCACAGUGCAUGCAGCUAUAAUAAUGUUUCAGUAACAUUACAAUCACAGUGCAUGAAACUAUAACUUUCUUUCAGUAGAAUUACAUUCAGAGUGUAUGGAACUAUAACAUUCUUUCAGUAACAUUACAUUAACAGUGCGUGGAACCAUAACAUUCUUUCAGAAAGAUUACAUUCCCAGUGCGUGGAAUUAUAACAUUCUUACAGUAAAAUUACAUUCCCAGUGCGUGGAACCAUAAAAUUCUUUCAGUAAGAUUACAUUCCCAGUGCACGGAACUAUAACAUUCUUUCAGUAGCAUUACAUUCCCAGUGCGUGGAACUAUAACAUUCUUUCAGUAACAUUACAUUAACAGUGCGUGGAACCAUAACAUUCUUUCAGAAAGAUUACAUUCACAGUGCGUGGAAUUAUAACAUUCUUACAGUAAAAUUACAUUCCCAGUGCGUGGAACCAUAAAAUUCUUUCAGUAAGAUUACAUUCCCAGUGCACGGAACUAUAACAUUCUUUCAGUAGCAUUACAUUCCCAGAGCAAGGAACUAUAACAUUAUUUCAGUAACAUUACAUUCACAGUGCGUGGAACUAUAAAAUUCUUUCAGUAGCAUUACAUUCCCAGUGGGUGGAACUAUAACAUUCUUUCAGUAGCAUUACAUUCCCAGUGCGUGGAACUAUAACAUUCUUUUAGUAACAUUACAUUCCCAGGGCAAGGAACUAUAACAUUAUUUCAGUAACAUUACAUUCACAGUGCAUGGAACGAGUUUUUAGGCGGGGCAACGAUGUUACAAAAGCUGUGCAGGAAUAGAAAGAACUACGACAUCGAAGUGCCAGAAAACUUUUACGUCUUUGAGCACAUCAAAACAUCAGUUUAUGACAUCAACUUCAAGGAGCAAGAUACGGACGAGGCAAUACAAGGGGAGAGAACUCAUGAGUUGAGCAGUGAGGAGACUGUAUCAAGGGGAGUUUCAUGGUAUGGUCGGUGAACUUUUCUCUCCCACUUUUCGAUUUUUAAAAAAUGGUAUUCAGCUAUUCAAAGAAAUGUGAAAUUUUAAUACUCCAUAUUUUUUUGUCCACACCACAACUUUGGGCCCUUUUAAUAUUGGAGGCCCCGCUUCAUGGGUUGCAUGGCCCAUGCGACGGCUUUAAGCCUCUCAUUAUACAAACUGUGUUUAUGAAUAUUUUAUUAUCAACAAGUCAUUAAAAACAAUAACAAAAUUUAAAAAAAAAUAACUAGACCAGUGGUUCCCAAACUGUGCUACACAAUGUCCAAAGGGUUUUCAGUUGGGCCUAUGUGUCAUAUUAUUCUAUUAAAUGGAAUAAGGAAGAUAACUUGCACAUUUUGAAAAACUGACAUCACUAGUUUUUCCCUUGAACCCAUUAAAUAUCUUUAUUUUUUUUUUUUCAGUUCUGAUCAGGUUUCUUUAGAAACCUUCUUCGGCAACGACACGCCGGACAGACAGACGUACAAGUUCCGUAUUGAGAAGUCAAGGAAGACCGUGAUAAGUGUCUCCUUUCAGAGAGGUUUCACGUUCGGGGGACAGGCGAAUUUCAGCAUCGGCUUGGCGAAGGACACCAGCUUGGGGAUUGAGACCGAUUUGCAUUUUGAGGUAACCUAAUAAGGCUUUAAAAUGUGGCUACGGAAAUGACAUGUGUAAACAUAACUACCAAUCACACCACUCACCUACCCUCCACACGCAUUUUUCGAGUGGCAGCAGGGUCGGAUUUCUCACACAGGGUCAACCUAGGGCCAUGGCCUAGGGUUCAGCAGUCAGAGGGAAAGAUGUUUUGGGGGAGUUUGGGGGAGGUUGGGGGGGGGGCGUAUUUACAGAUACAAUAAAAAAAAACAUAUGCGGUAUUUAAAAAUUUGUUCAGUAUUAUUUUGAAAAUACGACAACGUAUUUUAUGUAACGGGACAUCCUUUCAAAUGAUGUCACACACCUGAAAAAAAAAAAGGGGGGGGGAAGGAAAGGGAGAUCAACCAUCUUUGAUCACGACUACAUAUGCGGUAUUUAAAAAUUUGUUCAGUAUUAUUUUGAAAAUACGACAACGUAUUUUAUGUAACGGGACAUCCUUUCAAAUGAUGUCACACACCUGAAAAAAAAAAAGGGGGGGGGGAAGGAAAGGGAGAUCAACCAUCUGUGAUCACGACCUGACCACCAGAGGUUAGAGAGUGUUAAUGAAUGGCCUGAUCUACAGCUUGAAGCUAACGCAUUGCUUGAUUGCUACCAGGCUGGAAUUUUCUAAAAGUUAGUAAAAGCCCUUUGAAAUUUGAAACAACAAUUUAUCCACGAACAAACUUCAAAGCGAUGUUUUUAAGAAAAAAAAGAACCAGAGAGGACGGAAUAAGUACCCAUCAAGUUAUACGACUGCCGGGGGUUAGGUAUUCCCAACAAGGCGGUUUGAUGGUUCCAUUUCGUCCGGGGGAUAUUUCUGCCACUUGGCUGUCCACGCAUGGUUUAAUAAUUACAAAAAAAACAACAAAAAAAAACAACCUGAGAAACUAUAAAAUGUUCUUCUUUAUUCAUGAAGAGCAAAAAAUGAGAUCAUGUUAGCACACAAAGUCCAAAAUAACAGAUAGCAAUAACUUAAUGAUCGUUAACGCUCCGACAACUAACUGACUGACAACUUACUGGCCGACAACUAACUGACUGACAUCUAACUGACUGACAACUUACUGAUUGACAUCAAACUGACUGACAACUUGCUGACUGACAACUUGCUGGCUGAAAACUACCUGACUGACAACUAACCAACUGACAAAUUACUGACUGACAACUAACUGACUUAAAACUAACUGACUGACAACUUACUGACUGACAACUAACCGAGUGACAACUUACUGACUGACAACUGAGUGACAAUUUACUGACUUACAACUAACUGACUUACAACUAACUGACUGACAACUAACUGAUUGACAACUAACUCUCUGACAAGUAACACACCCACCCCCCACUCUCUAAAUGAAACCACACUGGCAAUUAUCCUCCUGCUCCCACAUAAUGUAAACACGCAUGUUUGGCGACAUUCAAACUUAAACCAACCAGUUAUCCACCACACAUACUUUUCACUGUCAGUUAUCCACCAGACGUACUAUUUAUUCACUCUCAGUUAUCCAUCAGACAUACUAUUCACUCUCAGUUAUCCAUCAGACAUACUAUUCACUCACAGUUAUCCAUCAGACAUACUAUUCACUCUCAGUUAUCCAUCAGACAUACUAUUCACUCCCAGUUAUCCAUCAAACACUCUAUUCACUCUCAGUUAUCCAUCAGACAUACUAUUCACUCUGAGUUAUCCAUCAGACAUACUAUUCACUCUCAGUUAAUGAUCAGACACACUAUUCCCUCUCAGUUAAUCAUCAGACAUAUGGGAAUUGUGAUAAACAAAGUCAUAAAAUAUAGAUAAAAUCAAGAUCAAUUCAAUCUAAGUUGCAUUUCUGAAUACUCUUGAAGAUCUAGACAAAAUUACCUGUAUUUAUGUUUACCUGUAUUUGUGUUCACCUGUAUUUAUGUUACCUUUCUUUUCAGGUGACCAAAACUGAUGGCCAGACCUUCGAGGAGACAAUCCUGACAGAAGCGACCAGUGACAUCGUCGUCGGACCCCACAGCCACUGCACGGCCAGCAUCUGCCUGGAGGAGAAAGCCUUUUAUAAAAAAUUCAAAGUCAUCACCCGCAUGUCCAUGCCCCAGGAAGCGGCUCCCGUGUACAUCCGCAGAAAGUCUGACAAGAAGGUCGUCAUGACCUCAAUCAUCUGCGACCUUCCGCAAGAGUUUGGCGGCAAAGUGCCUUGCAUGAAGGAGGUGACAGAGGACGGGCAAACGUUGCAAUCCAAGGUGGAUUUUAUCACCUGGGGUAUUUUGAAAGGUACCCUGGUGUGUAAUCAUAAAAUUUUAUUGAAAAGCGGGACAUCAGUUUCUUGAUAAUUUGUGAGGAAAAGUUGGAAAACUGUUUCUAGACCAAUUGUAUAGACGAGUGGAGAAAUGUUAAUUAACCAAACGUGCGGAAGAGCUAGUGCUAGCCAAAAGUCUUUCUCCAAAAUUCAGAGUAAAUACCCCACUUUGAAACAGGCAGUACUGUGGAUAGUUAUGGAGAACUGAUUCAAACAAGCAUUACACAGUGAUCCACCUCGCUUAUUUCUCAUCACUGCCAUUUAGACCAGGUGCGCAGAUGAUAUCAAGGCGGAAUAGGUUGAUGAAAUCAUGCCUGCAGGGAUUCUCUCCUAGAUCUUCUUUGGGGGAUUCUACCCCUUUUGUCUUUCUUGUAACCGCAGCCAGACUUGUGAAUUGUUUUUUUUUUGUUACUACUUAUUUAUUUUAAUUUUUAAAAGAGAUUUUAUAAAUUGAAUGCUUUGUUGAGAUCCACAAUUUUGGCAUGUGCACACUUAGAUAUUUUGGGUAUUUCCCAAUUUUCUCCUUUCAUAUUCUAAUGAUACAUUCUUGUCAUACACUAAUUAUGGCUCUCUGAACAUCACUGAAUUUAUUAAAUAGAUUUGAACUAAAAACAAGACAGCACUUCAGUUUCUGCAAAAAAAAAUUUUAAUACCUAAAUUCAAACAAUGCGCAUGCUUUGAAUACUUGAUCCAAAAAGUGAAUUACAUAAAAGAUUUCAGUUUAAAUAAAAAAAUUGUAAUGCUCAUAAAAUGAACAAAAUAGAAGAACGACAGAUUUAAACAAUAAACUAAAACACAUAUAGAAGUACGAGAUAUGCAUUUCAGAAUGCCUGAAGCAAGAGCAGAUAAAAAGUUGUCCCAGUGGAAUGACAUUAGAUGUAUGAUUGUUUAAACAUUGCAAACACUGAGAAGCAAGAAAUUUAAACUAUUGGUAAUAUUGAUUGAUAGAUGUAAUAUUGAUUGAUUUAAUUAGGACUUAACUUCUGUAGUGUAUCACUAUCAUUAUUAAAACUGACCAAAAAAAUGACUAAUUCUUUAAGUGUUGCUACACCUUAAUACGAACAAUAAAUGAAAAUUAUUGAUAAACAUUUAAAUGCAGAAUUGGAAUAAAAUGCCAAAAGCAGCUUUUUUUUGUUUAAUUAAAGCAAAAUAGACAAACAAAAAUUAUAUUGGCUGGGCUCGUUAAAGUUAAUGAACAAAAAUAUUAACCUGUGUGUCUAUGUUGCACUCCAGGUUUUUUUUGGGGAAAAAAACAAAAUACAUAACUGAUAAAACAAAUUUGUGUUUUGCGCAUGGGGUGUAUACAUUUACUUACAAAAAUUACAAUAAAUAAAUAACUUUAUAUAAAAUAUAAAAAAACAAUGAUAAAUAUAGCCUCCAUGAGUCUCAAGAUUUUGUACUGAUUUAUUGCACUUGAAGCUAAAUAUAAAAGCAUGAAAGUACCUGACUUUGAAUAUGUAAGAAUAUAUUGAUAGCCAUGAAUUUUUUUUAUAAGAUACCAGAAACUUAAAAGAAUUUAGAACAUUAUGUGUGUAAAACUCAUUAUAUGGCAUUACAACAUUAUUGGCUUAUCAGAAUUUGAAAAAUAGCUUAAAGGUAUCAAAAUUUCAAACGAUUUUGUUAAAAAAAGAAUACUAUUUUGUAAGACCUGUACAGUAUAUUUAAUUUUUUAAGAAACUGUGUUAAAAGCUUGUUUUCCAUUAAAAGAACAUUUUAAAAUUGUUUUUUUCCUUUUACUUUAAGUGCCAAUCGCAGGUACACCAUUUUAGAUAAAUAAUUCAUUUUCUUGCUGUUAAAAAAAUAUUUUCAGAACACUGCUACAAAUAUUAAAAAAAUAGGGAGCUUACUCUUGACGUUAGGAAAAUUUGAUGACUAAGAAAAUAAAAAAAAAUUUUAGCCAAAAAAAUAAAAUAAAAUUUUUCAAAGUUUUUUACAAAAAUUGUGCUGGCAAAUGUACUUGUUGAUACUAACUUUAAAACAGGUAGUGACCUUAACUUAUAUAUACAAAUAAGGAAUAUUACACUUUAAAAGUUAAUUGCCAGAAACUGGAAUAAUUUUAGAACUUAUUUUCACAAAUCCUAGAGAGUCCAUUAUUAAUUUACAAUCAAAUGGUGGCAUCUUCAUUCUCAUUCCUCCAAUAAUCCUCAGUAGAGAAAUAGGAACCAACAUUUGGUUCAACAUUUGCUCUUGAAAGAAUACAUCUGCCAUUUUAAUAACCUAAUCUUUCUAGUGUGUAGGUGUGCAUGACAACAGAUUGACUGAACGUUUGAUCUGGUGCAAAUAAGAUUUAGAUUUAAAAAUUACACUUGAGUAUAUUAAAUAGCUUAGAGAAGGCAAUGAGAUCUUCUCCCCUGAUGUGUGCAAUCCUCAUUAUUUAAGAUGAAACAUAUCAAAAUAGUUUAUAAGUUUAAUGCCAUGUUUACAUUUAAAUGCCACUUUAUAAGCAUUUGAUCCUUUUCUUUCUUCUGAUUUCUGUGAAAGAAAAAAAAUCGAAUAGCUUUACAAUUUCUUACAAGUUGCUCCAUUAUUGACAUGAGAGAAAUGCCAUACUAAAUUAACUAUGAUACUUAAAAUCUCCCACGUAUUAUGUUAUGUGACACCAGCAUUUACAAAUGAAACAAUAAAUUCACUUGAUAUUUCUUUUCCAUCGUUAAAAAAGAAUAUUGUGCUGAUGAAGAGGAGUAGUAAAUAUGAGUUGAGAGUUUGAGCGGGCCUGCAUAACGUACAGCCAGCCAGCAUCCAC